AUGUCUUUCGUCCACUUUGCCCUUUCCACCCGUAUUCAGUCCGCCGAGCGCUGGUCGUUCCUUGCCCCGCCUCCCAUGUCCCUGUCCGACUUUGACGAAGCGCUCCCCCCGAUGCCGACCAAGACCCCGACCCUCGACGCCGCCUCUGACCCCGAAUUCGCCACCACCUCGACCCAAUGCCUCCUUGUCCGUGGCCAACGCCAGGUGAAGCCCCGCAACCGCGACCGCCGCCCCGAAUACCGACCCCUCAUUGAUGGUGGCGCCAACUUCCAGUUCAAGCUUCUUCCGCUCCGGGAUGCGCAGAGGCGUCAUUCCAUUGUUUACCGUACGCUCUGA